AGAAUCCAGAUGCAUUUAAAAAAAAUAAAAAAUCUUCCAUUAAAACUCCUCUCAUAACUUCGAUUCCUCUCCAACACUAACCACUCUCUCUCUCUCUCUCUCUCUCUCAUACACCACUUGUAAUCUCAGCAUAUAUAAUCUCGUUCAUCUUACAUUUUCUAGGGCCUUUUUCUCUUUCUUCUUGAAAUCGCACCUUCCAUAUUCUUGAAUUUUAGGGGUUUUCGCUUCUUGAUUUCAAAGGCUUUUCCAUGGCUUCCGUCGGAAACCCGCUCCAGCUUCAAACCCAUCGCUCUCGAUUAUCUUCUUUGUACCUGUCUACUGCCAGACUGCUGCCUCGCGCUGAUUCUCUACGCUGCCGCACGCGGUUCUCUCGAUUCCCAUCCCUCCCCUUCUCUCCGCUGCCGGAAAACCGCUUCGCUGAGCUUUCCGGCAAUGUUUUGAGAUUUUCGGCUCCGAAUCCCGUUUUGAGGCGGCGCCGGCCUGUUGAGUUUCCGGUUGUGUCUGCGACAGCGGCUGCUGAUGGUGAUGGCCACGAGAUCGAGGGGGUUGCUAACCCUUCCAAGAGCUUUGCAGAGAAGUAUCCAGCUCUGAUUACUGGCUCUUUCUUCUUCAUGUGGUACUUCUUGAAUGUAAUUUUCAACAUACUUAAUAAGAAGGUGUAUAACUAUUUCCCAUAUCCAUAUUUUGUCUCUGUUGUGCAUCUCCUUGUUGGAGUGGUAUACUGUCUUGUUAGCUGGGCUGUUGGUCUACCAAAACGUGCUCCAAUUGAUAAGGAUCUGUUGGCUCUCCUCACUCCAGUUGCGUUUUGUCAUGCGCUUGGGCACGUGAUGUCGAAUGUAUCAUUUGCAGCUGUUGCCGUGUCAUUUACUCACACCAUCAAAGCCUUGGAGCCUUUCUUCAAUGCCGCUGCUUCCCAAUUUAUUUUGGGUCAUCAAAUUCCUUUCUCUCUCUGGCUGUCAUUGGCCCCUGUUGUGAUUGGUGUUUCUAUGGCAUCAUUGACUGAACUCUCCUUCAACUGGACUGGUUUCAUCAGUGCAAUGAUUUCAAAUAUUGCUUUUACAUACAGAAGCAUUUAUUCAAAGAAAGCCAUGACUGGUAUGGACAGUACAAAUGUGUAUGCUUAUAUUUCAAUUAUUGCCCUCCUCGUUUGCAUCCCUCCUGCGAUAAUAAUUGAAGGACCCCAGCUGAUGCAGUAUGGUUUUGCCGAUGCAAUUGCUAAAGUGGGUCUUUAUAAGUUCAUUUCUGAUCUUUUCUGGAUCGGGAUGUUUUACCAUCUAUACAAUCAGAUUGCUACGAACACUUUAGAACGAGUUGCACCCCUUACACAUGCAGUUGGAAAUGUGCUGAAGCGAGUAUUCGUCAUUGGGUUUUCUAUCGUGGUGUUUGGCAAUAGGAUCUCCAAGCAGACUGGCAUCGGUACCAUCAUAGCAAUUGCGGGUGUUGCAAUCUAUUCCCUAAUCAAGGCAAACAUAGAAGAGGAAAAACGAAAGGCUGCUGCAACCACUGCAUCUUAAUGCAAAUCAGAGCAAUAAAAAUUGAUUCUGCACACCCCCUUUCCAUUGGUAAAGGGUGUGAUAACAAGGCCCGGAGGUAUGGUGCAUGUGAAUUUUUGCAUCAGAAAAAGCUGACAUUUUGUGUUUGUAUUAGCACUCCAUUUUCCUUUAAAACGAUCAAACACUCCAUGGAUUAAAAGGAAAAGAAAAAGAAAAAGAAAAAAAAAAACAGAAAGAAAUGAAAAAAAGAAAGAAAGAAUGAAAGUACAAAUCCAUUUCUGUUGUGUUUACUCGUAGUUUGACAAUACCAUGUUGCCGAUCACCGUAUAUGAAUUCAUCUGGUGGUAUGGUACGAAUGUCUGUAUCAUGAUGCAUGAAUUUUAUCGAACAGUUUGCACUGUCUGCUUCCAUUUUA